AUGAGAACAACAAUCAUUACCGUUCUGUUCGUCCUGGUUGCCGCCUGCGCCCCUGCCCUCUGUGGAAUCACCCUGAAGUCUGACCCUCAGCCCGAGCCCCCUGCUGAAACCAGCUCCCGCUUUGCAGCUCUGGAUGACGUGCGUCUCCUCGCCAACGGCCUCCUGCAGCUGGGUCAGAGCAUGCGGGAGUUUGUGCAGAAGACAAAAGGGCAGAUAAGUGACAUCAUCCAGAAGCUCAACAUCUUUGACAGCUCCUUUUACCAGCUGUCAGUAAUCGCCAGUGAAAUCAAAGAGGAGGAAGAGGAGCUGAAGAAGACCACUGUGGUGCUGCAGGCCAACAAUGAAGAGAUCAAAGAUUUGUCUGUUCAGAUCAGCUCCAAAGUGGACAGCAUCCUGCAGGAUAAGAGCAGUCUGCAGAGUAAGGUGGAUGGUCUGGAGGAGAAGCUGAGCAGCCUGACAAACGGCUUGAUGACGAGUGAGCAGGUGGCAGAGAUCAACGGCCUCAGGGAUGUGAUCCAGAACCAGGAACAAAGCAUCUCGAAGCUGCUGGAGGCAGUGAGGGAGCAGAGCGACCAGCUGAGCGACCAGAGGUCAAAGAUCAAGAUCCUGGAGGAAAAGCUCACAGCCAACACUUUGGCUCAAGAGACCAUUGAGAGGACGCCUGAAAUCUUCAACAGCGAGGCACCAACACUCACCCCUUACCUGACCUCAAGCUCGACCCGCAGCACAGAAAUCAGAAACUUGCCAUCAGACUGCAGUGAGCUGUUUAACAGAGGGGAGCAGGUCAGUGGAGUUUACGCCAUCAGACCCAACAGAUCGGAGCCCUUCAUGGCCUUUUGUGACAUGAGCAGAGGCUUUGGAGAAACAGUCAUCCAGCGAAGAAGAGAUGGUUCUGUGAAUUUUGAUCAAACCUGGGACAAAUAUGAAAGCGGGUUUGGAGAUUUUCAAGGUGAGUUCUGGCUCGGUCUGAGAAAGAUUCACUGGCUGGCUGCUCAGGGAAACUCUGUCCUUCACAUCCAGCUGGAGGACUGUAGACAGGACAGACACUUCAUCAAGUACAGACUUCACCUUGAUGGACCAGAAAGCAACUACAGAAUUCACCUCACAUACCUGUCUGGAGAUCUUCCUGACCCCAUGAGCAACCACAGCGGCAUGAUGUUUUCCACCAAGGACAGAGAAAACGACAGACAGCAGGACUCCAACUGUGCCCAAAACCACUCAGGUGGAUGGUGGUUUAAUGCCUGUGGUGAUGCCAACCUGAAUGGGAGAUAUUUCCACAUGAGACCAAGGGGGCGCUCAGAGCGGAGGAGAGGGAUUCAAUGGAGGCCAGGACAAAAAAAUUCAUAUUCUCUCAAGCUCACCCAGAUCUCUAUAAACGCUGGAGCAACACCUACCUCAUCCUCCUCCACUGAGACGGGCUUCCCUCAGUGAACCAUUGCCAUAACUCUCCAGUUAAAUUGCUACAAUAAACAAAGUCUUCUGCAGGAGAGCCUUGGUAACGCUUCCUGGAGGCAGCAGUGGUUUUAGAUGGCGUAGGAGGGGAUGAAGUUUUUCUCUGAGUGCCAGGUUCAACACAGAGGACACUGAAAUAAGAUCGACAAUUGUGAAUGCAAAAGAGAUAAAGCCAAAAGAUUGUGUCACUGCCGAUCACAGAGUAGUCUGUAAUGUUGUAGAAAACUUCAAAAUGAAUGUAUUGUGAUCUUCACUCACUGUAUCUAAGAGGUAAAAUGUUACAGAGGAGAAAUUAAAACACACAAAUAUAUAAUGACAGUCUUUAUGGGUCAUAUUGACUCCAAGUAUAAAGCCUAAAGGUGGGGCCUAUUGAAGGAAUCAUGAGGAACAGUAAAGGGGUCAUUCGCUCUAACAGCUUAACAUUAUUAAGAGGUUUUCCUAAUUUUGAGGGGUCAUUGGGUGAAAAUCUUUGGGUUCACUGCUGCUAACACUCAUCUUUACUACAUUUUUGAUACAAAUGCCAUGUUUUAACAAUUUAAAUUAAUAAAGUAUGACUGAGACUUCAGUAUUGUGUUUUAGGAGGGUGUGUUACAGAAAAUACAACAAAUACAUUUCAUUUUUUCUGAUG